CUGGUUGCAUCCUGCCUGCCCGUGGGCUGGCGGGAGUUUAAACUGCUUCAAACCUCCCUGCACACCCUGAGGAGCUGCAGUGAGAGCUUGUGGUCUGGGGAAUUAGUUAGCUUUCUUUUUUUUUUUUUUUUAAAUGAAGAUAACUUGUUUUCUUUCCCCUUCAGCAUGAUCUGAUGGGAUGUAAAGGGAGCUACAAACUUAAUUAUCCUUUAAUUCCGUUUUUUAGUUAGUUGGAACAUGCUUGGGCUAGAUGGUACUUUGCACUCCUUUUGAUGAAAUGCCCUCUCACCUUGUGAAGGGGAGUCUGCGCUGUUGUGUGCUGGGCAGGGUGAAACGCCCUGCUGCUGCCUGCUGGUAUCAAGGGAUGCUUUCGUUGACUGUGUCAUACUUCUAAGUGUACUGUAAGAAAAAAGAAAACACAAAACAACACAAAAGUGCUAGUGUAACUGAGACCCCAGUUUGCCUUGGUGCAGGUAGCUGAAAGUUCUGUUACUUUAUCCUGCAACAAAGCCCUAAUUGGAUGUUUCUAAUGGUAACAACUGCAAGUGUGACAGAGGAUGAAUGCUUUGCUUUCUCACAAGACAGGUGAGGCCUAGAACUACAGAAAUGCCAUAUGUCUACCCAAGGCAGUCUCACUCUUCACUCUGUUUAUAAUUAUAUAUGUUAAUGGCUGCCCUAGUAAGAAUAUUUAAACAUGGACUUUAAAAACAUGCAAUUGUAUUACACGCAGUCUGCUUCUUCCCUUAUGGACUUUAUCAUAGAAAAUGUCCCCGCCUUUUCUGAUCUGUAUGCUAUGACACCCAGAUCACAAAUAGAGAAUAACGUACAGGUUGCCAUUAGGCUACUGCAAGAGCAGUAGCUAUCAGGGUUGGCCACUUACCAAGACUUGUACCUGAGACAAGCUUCUGCAUGUUACAUGCUUAUUUCAUAUUCUGUAAACCCUGGUGCUGUUUUCUUUCCAUAAACAAGGACUUCUCAGGUAGACACAAUAGUGUGUGUGAUGGGAUAGGAGUGUCUGGUGUUCGUAUGACAUAGGAUCUUUACCUCUUGUCCUCAAAACCUGGCUCUUAGGAAAGUGUGUGUUGCACCAGAUAUUUAGAUGAACCUAAAUCUCAACAUCAGAUCUCCUCCUUUGAUUUGGCUUGCGGCUUUUUGCUUCAAGUGCAGGAGAAGUUCUGGUUAUUACGGAUUACGUCCUUCAUCCUUAAAUCGUAGUAAUGGAUUCCCCCUUUCUUUGUAGAAAACCUUAUUCACAAAUGUCUAACUGAUUUUUAGGGAUGGAAUUGCGGGUAGUUGCUCAAUUCAAAGCGUAGGUGAGAUGGGGGUGGAAGUUAGGGGUAUUUAACUUCCUAGAGAGAGAUUAUUAGAUGCAGUAGGAAAAACAAAGCACACAAAGAAAAUACACGCAUGCUGCCGGCAAUGAAGAUCUCAUAGAAGUCUGUGUGUUGUAUUCUGCAAAGAAGCAAAUUGAUUUAACUGGUAAAACAGAACAAUCUGCAUAAGCUUUGUGUUCCUGUGACCAUAAAGCAGGCAGCUUGCAUGUUUGUGGGGAAGGAAGGGUGUGGAAAGGAGGAUGGAUGUAGUGGAAACAUCUAGCAAAGGUGAGAAAGCAUCAGAAGUGUAAAUAAAAUAGCUUCUCCUGCAGCAUUUAUCUUCACUUCCAUUUGCUGGCAUUGAAGUUAUCCAUUUUUCAGAGCAGCGUGCUAAAAUAGUCAUUGUUUAAUCUCCUUGGAGGAACAGUGUAGGUUGAAAACAUUUUAUACCUCUCCAUUUAAUCCCUUGUUAAAAACAGAGGAGAGAGGAAAUUUACAGGUGCUUGCUACCCAGAGCUAUCUCCUGCUCUGUACAAAGGAAUGUUGGAAUCACACUGUGCUGUCCUGCUGCUUUAGAGCCAGUCAGGUCUCUGGUGAGAUGGUUGCAGUUCUGUGGCACUGCUAAUUGAGUUAAGAAACAAACGUAUGGUACGUAUGAUACUGAGAGGAGUGGAGCGGAAGAGCCAGUUCCUUAAUUUUUGUGUAACUUUGCCAUAAAAUCAGGUGCAUGUUUGCAAUUUGUGCUGUUCAUUUCCACCAAGAUUUUAAAAAUAAGUAAUAGAAAUUGAAAAGCUUUUUAUAUUUUCCAAUCUUACAAAAACCACCUGAAAAUGAACACCCGGGUGCUGUGCUGAGAGCUGAUGCUGCAGCUGCUCAGGAGAACAUUCCUUGGGAUAGGCUCCUCACUGUCAUCAACCAAACCUUGGAGCACAUCCCUCUGAAUUGGGUUUUCUAGAACAGCAAGUCUUUUCUAGCCUAACGUGACAGUGAUUCUGUUCCAUGAAAAUACAGUUGAGAAAAGCAGAUUAAAUACCGAGUUGUCCAAUAAGCACAAAAACGCGAGGCUUUAGAAGAAAACUUGUUUUCAGGCUUAUGGUUAAGGAAUGAGCAGAAAUGAUGGGGACAGUGAGAGCUUCUUAAACUGGCAGUCUCUGUUGAGAUGGAGUGCAGCAAAGCAGCCUGGAUGUGGAGCUCCUCAAUUGAAGCGUUCAGGUAGGUGCUGUGCAGUUCCUCUCCCAGGAUCCUCAUUAGGAACUCCUGGCUUGAAGGCAAGGUUAAUCAUUGAAGGGGUUACUUCUUGUACAGCUGGACAGACCUCUUGUUUACAGCAGCUUUGGCUUCAUACUUUUACUUUCAGUUGCCUAAUCUUCAGCAGUAUCAGGAAGUAAAAAGGAAAGGUAAUAGGGCUCUGCGUUAUCACCUUGUAAAGUAUUCUGGCAUUCAGUACUGCGCCUUCUGGAAAAGGCAGCCUGCUGCAAGCGUUGCUCAUGAAGAUCUGAUGUUUCAACACUAUUUUCUGGCGACUAAUGUAAACUAAGGAUGGCUCGUUCAUAGCUGUGAAAUACUGUAGCAGCAAUUGGAAGUGUUUGGGCAGGAUGCUGGUGUGUUUCAUAGAAAACCUGCCACUUUUCAUGCUCAUGAAGUCUUCUUCAAAGCAGAGCUGAAGUUCUGCUAAAGAAAAAACAAACCCAGCAGUUACAGAACACUUCUGCAAUCUCUUUCUCAUUUGGAAAAAAAAAAUAUUCCAAUGUAGAGAAGCCCAAGGCUUGUGAGCCAAUUGGAAACUGAAGAAAGUUUUGCAGUUUUUUGGGACCCAUUUUUCUUAUGGCUUAUGGUUAGAGCAGUGGGUUUGCUAUGUUAGGAUCCAUCAUGAAUUUGCUGCUUUGUUUUAUGUAAUUAGAUUGCUUUUGGUUGGUGUCCUCCUGGUGUGUGCCCUCGGUUGUCUUAAUCCAGAAUGUGCUGCCUUUGUUUUGUCCAUCCCCCCAAAUUAAUUGUGUUGCCUUUACGUGGAAUGUCGUAUUUCCAGUCUCCCAGGGAAAUGCAGUCAUAAAUAUAAUAACUGGUGUAAUUAUCGCAGACAGCUGUUGCACAGCCAUGGAUGUGGGGCAUGCGCCCUGUUGUCCCAAAGCCAGCCUUUACAGCCAGGCUGUCAGUAACGUCUGUCAGUAUCAACAUGUGUUAACAUACAAAGCCCUUGCAUUUCCAGCAUACUUUCCAUGGCACGAAUGUAUAUAUUUUUAAUACUGAGAAUUGGAUUAUUUUAACGUUUAAUUUUUUAGUGGAGACGUUCCUGUAGUCAUCCUGAUCUGUAGGGAGGAACCCUUACGCUUCUGCUGUGUCCUCACCGUACUAUCUGUAGCCUGACUGCAUCCUUCUUCAUUUGGCAAUGAGAAAUGUGCUCCUCGGGGUCACUUGGGGUGGGGGUGGGAUAGCAUUUUUGGUUCACAGAUUUGGGUGGUAUUCUUUCCUUGGGUCUUCCUGUGUGAUGACUGCAAGUCGCUUACAGUCAGAUUCAGAAUCACAUAAGAGUAUUACAUUCUUGCAUGUAGUGAUUCUGGGUCUGUAGUUUAGAGUCUUGUGAUGUGAGCUCAGUCUGUAAAUGGGAAUAGCAGCGAAGCCAUACCCCAAGGAGAUGGCACUGAGGUGUGUUUGUGACUGAACACGACCUGUAUCGAGUGCUGGAGCUGUGCAAGCGGGCAGGCUGGGACAGAAUUGUGUCUGUCUGUGCCCCACACUAACUUAGGGAAGAGGGAAGUUCCUUACAAACAGUGAGAGCGGUGCCUGGCAGUGCUGAGAGCUGAAAUGGUGAGGUUGGCAGCUGGGAUGUCGCUCUCAGUGGUGCUCAACCCAGCUUUCCUCUUUAGGUAUUUUAGUACAGGCGGAGGCAAAGAAGCGGAAAGGUUUCAUGGAGCACUUGCUUUCUCUGAAAUGACUUUCUGAGCAGCCGCAGAAGCAGCCUGUCAGUUCUGCUCUGAGUUGGGUUGCUCUGGAAGCCAGCCCUGAGCCAGGUGCGGACCGGGGGCUCCCAGUGCUCAGAGGCAGAGGGGCUGUGCCCCACAGAGCGAGUACAGGAGGCACCGCGCUGCUGCUGCCAGGAGCUUGCUUGAUUUGGUGGGGAAAAACAUCAGACAACCUGAUCAGUCUUCCUUCAAAAAAAUUCUACUCUUUGAGCCAGGGUCACAGUGCAAGAAAUCCUACUUAAAAAUAAAAAAGAAAAAUCCACCACCACUGCUUUUGUUCUUCUUACGCAGUAAAGAUAAAGGUGAUCCCAAAGAAAUCUUUCCUCUUGCCCACACAGGGUAAGAAACGAGAGGUUUGUGCAGGUUUGUCACGUAUGGGAGGGGUGCAUUACUCUUUGGGUCACUCAGACUUGAGAUGUUUUUUGUUGUGUUUUUAAAACAGCAUCAUAUGAGCAGUAUAUACAUGUGUCAGGCUUUGACAUUUUCAUAAACAACAUAAAGCAGCAUGAGAAUGGCAGGAGUUGCUGGGGUGGUCUGGCCUUCAGAGGCCGGAAUAUGCAGCAGAAACUGCUAGAGCUGGAGUGGGUUUCCAGCUUCACUAAACAGCUGGAACCCUGGGAGCUGGCUGCUGGAGCUGGGCUCCACCUGAGCAGUCGACUGCUGUGCCUGUUGUGUUCAAACACAGCAUUUUCUAGACACCUAAGGUCUGUCUUGUUGCGCAGUAGUCAACUUUGCUGAAUAAGAUGUUAGCAGUUUGCCUCGUACAGAACAUCUGCUUUCUGGCUGAAUCACUGAGCAGGCGGCAGGCUUGUUUGAGCCUGCUGCCCUCCCCGAGCUGCUCGCUGCCUCUGCCUCGCCGAAGGCUGUGUGGGAUGGGUUUGCUUUGUGGCUGAGGUGCCAGGCCCUGGUUCCCUGGUGGCUUCAGGAGGGUCCUCCUCACGGAAAGGACGGUGGGAUAAAAGGAAAAGGUUCUUGGGCAGUUUGGAAUGAAACCUUCACACCUUGCUUUCAAGGAUCUGUGCUCACAAAGACAAAACAGAGAAGAAAAAUGCAGUAAGGUUGUGGUGAUGCUUUUAUCUUCCAUGAGUUUUGGAGUGACUCAUAAAUGAGAUCAUCACAUAUAACUUUAGGCACAGAAAGCAGAGUAUGAAUUUGGUAAAUAAUGUGGUGCCCCCUCCCCCCCCCCCCCAUUUAGAAGUUGUUUAUCAGCAAAAUUACCAUAGAGUUUGUUUUCACUGAGACAGUAGAGUUGUUUUAAUCACUUGCCAAAAUCUUAUGCAAAUACUACAACCCGAAGCACAAGUAUUUUGUGUUGGUAGGUGUUAGCCUUGGAAGCUUCCUUAACUGCGGGUGCUGAGCUGAUUGAUCAGCAUUGGUAGGUGAUUGAUGCUGAAUUGUUUCACGUGUGGGAUGGCUUCAGAUCAAAUGGGAGCUUUCAGUAAGAAAAACAGCAGAGGUGUCUGAGUCUGGUUCAGACAGGUAAGUAGUGAAGAACGGUGGCAUUCCUGGAAGGGCAGGGCACAUCUGCUCCUGUUUGCAGGUAAGAGUUAAGGAGUGAAUGCAGUGAAAAGAGCAGGGGCUGUACGCUCGGUGUAAGCCCCUUCCUGCUGGGGAAGAUGCUUUCUGGCACCGCAGCAGCACAAGGGAGCGGCCUGGUGCCCGCUUCCCCUGCAACUGCCACCACCUCUCUGUAGCUACGUAAAAAUUCGCCCAGGAAGUCACUUGAUUCUGCCAGUGAUAUAUUAUCCCUCUAAUUAAAUAGAUGACUUAUGCUUGACAAUUAAUUGAGGUGGAAUGAUGUAUGUUUUUUUAUUAGAAACCCAUGACUAAUUUUUUCUGGCUGUUCUUGCUAUCUUAUUGUUCUUGCCUACCCUCCUGCAGUGUCGCUGCUGCGUGCCAGCCGUGUCCUCCAGGCACUGGUGCAGACCGGUGUUUGCUCUUGCUUAGGCUGUUACCUGUUCCAGACAAAGCAACAAUUUUCAAACAUUUUCCAUUUCAUCACAGUUGUGCUUUUAUUUUUAAACUGGGAUUUUUUAAAUGGACUUAAAGAAAACCCAGUUGUAUAACUUCAUCUAGUACCACAUCCCCAGGUUAAGAGUGAUCCUUCCUGCAGCAGUGUCUCUGCCUGUGAUCUUUUAGCAAACUCAGGUGAAUUUUAUAUUUAAUUAUAAUAGACAGGAAUCAAAAGGGGUGUGUAUGGAGACAGUGUUAUUAACAUCAAUACAGCAGCAGCUGCAAAGAGCUCAGUUUGUCCCUUACCUCCCAACCUGUAAGAAGCCGAAGCUCAAGCCUUUGUCUUACAGUACAGCCAACUAUGACAUGCACUGUAUUUAUGGCUUUUCCCCCCUUUGAGGACUUGAGUCUUUUCAUAGAAAAUAUAUUUCCGUGGGUAAAUUUAGGCAUGGAUGAAAAGGGAACAAUGCAUUCUUUGUUAACACUAAUGUUUUGUGGAGGGAGUGAGCUUAAGAGGAAGGAAAUGUGGCUCAGAUUUUUUUUGUUUCUUUUGAAAUUUCUUCCUCUUCUUCUUCCUCAUCCUCAGACCGCUCUCCCAAAAAAAGACCAAACCAAAAAUCCAGACAAGUAGAAAUCCUCAAACUGAUCUUUUGCCAUACGUAUCUUACAAAUGGAUAAUAUUCAGUAUCGUCUGGAAACCUCUGGAGAAAAACGGUCCAUAUAAGAAUUACUCUCUCAAGAAUGUGCAGUGUUUGUCUCAGCUUUUCCAGUUCAAGUAAUUUCAGCUUCAUUUCACCCAACAUUUUGCUGAAUUGGGUUCUUGUGACCUCUCAUCCUUGGGUUGAUCAUUUACAGGAUCUCUCUGGAAGGAAGAACUCUUAAGGGAUUGGUGGGGGUGAGAAUACCGGGGGAAACUUAAGCAGAGGAACUCUGUCAGACAGCUGCUACAGGACACAUUUCCUUCCUGCUGCCCUGGGAGUGCACUUCCUGGCCACCAUGGCUGAUCUUGCAGCAGAAGAGCAGGCACACCACGGUGGUGAGCUGUGCUGUGAAUGCGGACAGUUCCACCUCUUGCCGGACAAUCAUCUCUACAACUUCCAGAAUGAAGUGGACGAUGAACUCAUUUGCCAUAUCUGCCUUCAGCCUCUGCUCCAGCCUAUGGACACCCCCUGUGGACAUACGUACUGUUUCAAGUGCCUUGAAAACUUCAUGCAGGAGUAUAACUUUUGUCCUAUGGAUCGGAAGAAACUCUCUCUCCAACAGUGCCACAAGUCCAGCCUUCUAGUUCGAAACCUGUUAGAUAAGCUGGUUGUCAUCUGUCCAUUCAAGGCAGAAUGUCAGCAGACGAUGCAGCGGUGUGAACUCGAAGCUCACCUGCAGAACAGGUGUCCUGGUUUCAAGAAAUACAAAUGUGAACUACAACGGAAAAGGAACCCUGUUUCCAAAGGGAAGGAAGAGCCCCUCACCAAGGUGGAGAUGAGCACACCCAGGGAUCCAGAGGUGCCCAGGGAUCCAGAAGUACCCAGUGGAGGAUCCAUGCUUGUAGCAGAAAGCUCUGCAGCUGGUGUGGUAUCACUAGGGACUGCAGAGCCUGGGCUGGUUAACCCAGCUUUUGAGGAGACUGAAGAAGAUGUUCCUCAGAGAGCUAGCCCUGUGGCUGAAACGAGCACAAUAGAAAUUCACCGAGAAGAUCCAGAGGAAGAGCUUGGGAUGAGAAUAGUUGGGGGUAAGGACACGCCACUAGGAAACAUUGUUGUUCAGGAAGUCUUGCGGGAUUCUGUCAUUGCUGCAGAUGGAAGAAUAGCACCUGGGGACCAUAUUCUUGAGGUGAAUGGUGUCAACAUCAGCAGUGUGACUCACUGCCAAGCUGUGUCCUUCCUGCGCCACCCAGGUCCUGUUCUCCACCUCAUGGUUCUGCAAGAGAAAGGCUUUUCCAAUAAGAUUGCACAGCAGGACUCCACUUCUGCUACAAAUCAGGAAGUGAUCCAUGUCACCUUGAUAAAGAGAGACCGAUCCGAGCCCUUGGGAAUCAAACUGAUCAGGAAGACAGAUGAGACAGGGAUUUUUAUUCUGGAUCUGCUAGAGGGAGGUUUGGCAGCCAAAAAUGGGAAGCUGAGUCGGAAUGACAGAGUCCUGUCUAUAAACGGCCAGGAUUUGAGGCAAGGAACACCUGAGACCGCUGCACAGAUCAUCCAGACCAGCGAAUCCAGAGUAAACUUCGUGGUCCUGAGGCAGCCAGGUGUGCAGCUGUUAGACCCAGGGGAAGAUGGCAGCACAUCAAACAGCAGCAGCAGCAGUGGAGGAGGAAGCCCAGUGCAUCACCGGAGAAGACUAGACCAGAGUCACUACAGACGGAAGUCCAACUACCAGAAGGAAUUACCUCCAGGAUAUGUAAGUCAUGAAAAGACAGUUGCAGUAAAGAAGGAACCAAAGGAAUCCCUAGGAAUAACAAUUGGAGGUGGACGAGAUAACAAAAACAAGCUCCCUAUAUAUGUAACAAGCGUACAGCCCAUUGGGUGCCUCUUCAGGGAUGGCAGAAUCAAGCGAGGAGAUGUACUUUUGAGUAUAAAUGGGAUUGAUUUGACUCAUCUGAACUACUAUGAAGCUGUCUCAGCGCUGAAAUCUAAUGCAGCUUCCCACUCAGUCAUACUGAAGGCCUUGGAAAUCCUUUCAACAGACCCCACAGAUCCCUCUCUGGACAUCAAGGAGCGAGGAUUCAGCUGGUCUCCCCUCUGGAUCACGUGGCUUGGAUUGCCUAGCUACCUUCACUGCUGUCAAGAUAUUGUCCUUAGCAAAGGCAACCAGGAAAGCUGGGGCUUCAGCAUUGUUGGAGGCUUUGAGGAGAGCAAAGGAAACCAGCCCUUCUUCAUCAAAACCAUCGUGCCUGGGACGCCUGCCUGCCGCAGCGCAAGGCUGAAGUGUGGAGAUGAGAUAGUGGCAGUAAAUGGAGUACCAGCGGUUGGAAUGAGCAACUCAGAACUAAUCCCGAUGUUGAAGGAGCAAAAGAACAAAGUGACACUUACCGUGGUAUCCUGGCCAGGGAGCCUUGUGUGAAAGCUAUGACAAAUCAUGCAGCAGCCUUAAGGAUCAUCCUUGGUAUCAGAUAUUUGCUGACCACCACACCGAGCUAGAUGUGACAAACUGAGGGGACGCUGAACUCUGGCUAUACAGCAUAUUGCGUCACGACAAUAAUUUUCACUUCAUUUUUGGAGAAACAUUUCUUUACUGCGUGGAGGUUGCCACUGACUGAUUGUUAGAUUCCAAGUAAUGGUGACUCAGAACAGUUGUAGCUUCUUGGACUCACUAGAGCUUGUUAGUAUUGGUGUUGCAGAGAAAGCUGGUUCUCCAGUGUUUCUCUACGACUCAUCCACCUUUGCUUUGAGGCAUUUUCUUUAGUUUUAGAGCUCCUCUUUCCAUUUAAUGUUUUGAACAGGUUAAAACAGAUGUGACUGCCCUUUUUCCCCUGCUAGUCUAAGAAUACAGUUUGGCUACUUCUCUCUACCUUGCUGCCAUCCUGGACAGUGAGUCAUUUUGUAUGUUUUUAAAAGCCACUAAUAAAACUGUGAGGAUGCAGUCCAUUUAAGCAGCUCUUGUACCCCACAGCUUUAUGUUAGGCUGCUUCCAUCUACUGAAUGUUUUUAUGCAUCAAAGAAGUUUGCAGCUCACUGCUGGCUGCUGAAGAGCUGCCCACUGAGCAUGGCAGGGCUGUGUUGACUCCUAUGAGAGUCCUGUCACCAGGUAGCAGAGAUGAGGAACUUGUGCAGUUUUCAUCAACUUCCUCAGCUUGGUGUCUCUGGUUUUAAGACUUGAUGAGUGACCAGCUUUUCCCAAAGCAGGCAGAUGACUAAGGAAACAGGCUUGUUGAUGAGAAACUGUCUGUCUUCUCUUAGCUUCCCAGUGCCGAGAGGCAGAGCUGAGGCAGCAGGGACAACGUGUGCUUGCAGCUCUGUCGCUGCUACAGCAAACUGCAGCUCGCUGUGUUGGGAUCUCCAGGAUGGGACACCUUGGGCUUCAGUUCCAACCCACAGUGUAGGUAAAGGUUAGAAUGAAAGAAGUGAAGUCCCGGCAGGUUGGUUUGACCUCCAACACCUGUUAAAUUCCUACCUGGAAACAAACUCCCCGUGAAGCAAUUCCGUCCUCUUUUUUUUUUUUUUUUUUAAAGUUGCUAAUUAGCAGUAUAAGAAACAGAUCUUUCUCACAUCAGAGAUCUCUCUACGCUGUUUCUGCUAUACCUUUUAUGGAGCCAGCUCAGACUGUAAGAUAAUCAAAGGAGUCUCUUCUGUAAAAACACUACCUAGAAUGAAUGUUUUAAUUCCUUGUAGUAGCAAACAGACUGCAGGUAUGUGCCCAUCGUCCUCAGCCAUGCUUUUCUUAGGGCUGGCUAUUGGUAAUUGGCUAUUAGAGCAGAGUAGACCUGUUUCUCGCUGGAUGAUUAAGCUGUUUACGCGCCACGUGACUUCACUUCCUCUGGCUGUUAGCUUAGGGCAGUAUACAGCAGGCCCCCGGUUAUCAGAGCCUAUUGUACAGAAAUAGCUUAAGAUCCAUUUGUCACAAAAGCUCCCUUGGCACACGGUGUGGCCUCUCCACUUGGCCAGUAAAUGCAGCUACUGUCUUAAACAGCAGAAAGAAUGGGGCCAGCUGUUGCUGCUAGCAAACAGUGAGAGUAAAAUGAUUCUGAAGUCAGAAACGUGCCUGUGGAAAAUGAGUAACUUGAGCUGCGUCUGACAGAAAAGAAGGUGAAGCAUUCUGGUCUCCUUCCUAUCGUGAAUCUGUGCCUGAUAUGGAACAGUAAAUAUUUACAUAGGUGGAAAGAGGGCAGUUCUUACUGAGUUGUAAUAAAUGGGGCUUGUAUAAAGGAUGGUAGGAAAAAGCCAUGCAGAGGGUGGUCAGACCGUUUAAAUGAAGGGUGUGCUGCAGAAGUCAGCAUGACUUUUACUAAUUACUCCAUCUCGUUUCAAGGUGCCUUUAACUUCACCAAAAUGUCCUCAUAAUUAAGUACUGAUUGCAAGAUCAGCUUGUUAACAGAUGUUGAAUUUGUGUUGAUGCCUUUAUAAAUUAUUCUGUUAUAACUGAAAACCAA